CCCUCCGCGGCUGCAGCGCCGUGCUCCCGGCGCACUCGGAGCCCGGCUGGGACCUGGACGCGGAGGCGGGGCGGACGAAGGACCGAGUGCAGUAGUCGAGCACGGCCUCGGGGACCAAGUUUGGCCGCGGCUCCCGGAGACCGAGCGGGCGUCCCCGUCACUUGCAGUCCCCUCCUUCCACCUCGCAUCCUCGCCCCGGACCCACUAGCUGCCGGUGAGGGACGCAAGCCACGGCCGGGCCAACGCCGCGACGGGAACUUGAGGUCCCAGGGGGAUGUGAAGGCCCAAGAUGACCCUUUUACCAGGAGACAACUCCGACUACGACUACAGCGCCCUGAGCUGCACCUCGGAAGCCUCCUUUCAUCCGGCCUUCUUCCCGCAGGGCCAGUCCAUCAAGGGAGUGUUCUACCGCAGGGCGCAGCGCCUGCGGCCCCAGGACGACCCCCGCCAGGUCAGCCCGCCCGGCGGGGACCGGCGGCGGCAGAUCAUCAUCAACGUUGGGGGCAUCAAGUACUCGCUGCCCUGGACCACACUGGACGAGUUCCCGCUGACGCGGCUGGGCCAGCUCAAGGCCUGCACCAACUUCGACGACAUCCUCAAUGUGUGCGACGACUACGAUGUGACCUGCAACGAGUUCUUCUUCGACCGCAACCCGGGGGCCUUCGGCACCAUCCUCACCUUCCUGCGGGCCGGCAAGCUGCGGCUGCUGCGCGAGAUGUGCGCGCUGUCCUUCCAGGAGGAGCUGCUCUACUGGGGCAUCGCCGAGGACCAGCUGGACGGCUGCUGCAAGCGGCGCUACCUGCAGAAGAUCGAGGAGUUCGCCGAGAUGGCCGAGCGCGAGGAGGAGGAGGAGGACCCACCCUACAGCGACAGCCACGACAGUGACGGCCUGGCCCCAGCCACCACUGGCCGCCUGGGCCGCUGCAUGCGGAGACUGCGUGACAUGGUGGAGAGGCCGCACUCGGGGCUGCCGGGCAAGGUGUUCGCCUGCCUGUCCGUUCUGUUUGUCACCGUCACUGCAGUCAACCUGUCGGUCAGCACCCUGCCCAGUCUCAGGGAGGAGGAGGAGCAGGGCCAGUGUUCCCAGAUGUGCCACAACGUGUUCAUCGUGGAGUCGGUGUGCGUGGGCUGGUUCUCACUCGAGUUCGUCCUGCGCUUCAUCCAGGCGCCCAGCAAGUUCUCCUUCCUGCGCAGCCCACUCACGCUCAUUGACCUGGUGGCCAUUCUACCCUACUACGUCACGCUGCUGGUGGACGGUGCGGCCGCCGCAGGCCGCCGCAAGUCCGGCGCCGGCAACAGCUACCUGGACAAGGUGGGGCUGGUGCUGCGCGUGCUGCGGGCGCUGCGCAUCCUCUACGUGAUGCGCCUGGCGCGCCACUCCCUGGGGCUGCAGACGCUGGGGCUCACAGCGCGCCGCUGCACGCGCGAGUUCGGCCUCUUGCUGCUCUUCCUGUGCGUGGCCAUUGCGCUCUUCGCCCCGCUCCUCUACGUCAUCGAGAACGAGAUGGCCGACAGCCCCGAGUUCACCAGCAUCCCCGCCUGCUACUGGUGGGCCGUCAUCACCAUGACCACCGUGGGCUACGGCGACAUGGUGCCGCGCAGCACGCCGGGCCAGGUGGUGGCGCUGAGCAGCAUCCUCAGCGGGAUCCUUCUCAUGGCUUUCCCGGUCACGUCCAUCUUCCACACCUUCUCGCGCUCCUAUCUGGAGCUCAAGCAGGAGCAGGAGCGGGUGCUGUUCCGCAGGGCGCAGUUCCUGCUCAAGACCAAAUCCCAAGACAGCGACAUCCUCUUCGAAAGUGCCUCCUCCGAUGGCAGAGACCCGCGCUGAGCCCG